AUGCCCACAGCCAUAGUUACUGGUGCCACAGGCAUCACCGGCCACGCCAUAGUACAACACCUCCUCUCGUCGACAACACCAAAAUGGAGCCAAAUCACCACGCUAAGCCGGUCGCAAGCAUCAACGGCCUCGGACUCGCGCAUCACGCACAAGACGCUCGACCUACAAUCGAGCGCGUCGGAGAUGAAAGACUCCCUGGCUUCCGUGACUGGCGAAUACGUCUUUUUCUGCGCGUACCUCGCACGCGACGAUGAAGGCGAAGCCGCCGAAGUGAACGGCGCGAUGCUGCGCAACUUCCUGUCCGCGCUGCGCGCCACGGGCGAGAUCAAGCACCUCAAGCGCCUUGUCCUGGUCAACGGCCUCAAGCAGUAUGGCGUGCACCUGGGCCGGGCGAAGCAGCCCAUGCACGAGACUGAUCCGUGGCUCGAGGGAGGCGACUGGCCGCCGAAUUUCUAUUAUACGCUGCAGCGGAUUCUGAGAGAUGCGGUCGAGGACGAGGGUGACGGUGAGAAGUGGGAUUGGGUUGUCACGUAUCCCCAGGACGUGAUUGGGGUUGCGCGGGCGAAUUUCAUGAAUCUCGCGACCGCGCUGGGCUUGUAUGCCAGCAUCUCGGCGAGUCUGCCGGAGCGAGAACUCGUUUUCCCAGGCAAUCUGAUCAAUUACCUGGCUUUCAAUUGCUGGACGUCCGCCAAACUGCAUGCCGAGUUCUGUACCUGGGCGGCUCUGGAGCCCAAAGCCGGGAACCAAGCGUUUAACGUUGUCAACGGCGAUACCGAGUCGUGGCAGAAUCUAUGGCCGGCGAUUGCUGAGCGAUAUGGGGCGAAAGUCCCUGCGAAGAUGUUUCCGGGCGCGGAGCUGAAGGUGCCAUCAUCAAAGGAGCAGCGGUACAACGGCUUCGAGGUGGCGCAUACGGUGUUGCCCACGAAGCCACCUAUCGCGGAGGAGGCGGAUAAGAUCGGGUUGAAAGGUCUCUUUGAUGGCAAGGAUGACCACAGCGUCGUGCAUCAGCAGAUCGACACGACGAAGUGGGCGCAAAGGCCCGAGGUGGUGAAGAAAUGGGAGGAAUUGAGAGAUCGGUUCGGACUGGACCAGAGUGUCUGGGACAAGGCGACCUGGGGGUUCCUCACGUUCUUGUUGGGUAGGGAGUAUGACUGUGUGGUCAGUAUGAGCAAGGCGAGAAAGUUGGGGUGGACUGGGUAUCACGAUACGAAGGAUGCGUUCUUUGAGACGCUGGAUGAGCUGGAAAAGGAGAAGAUUCUGCCCAAGGCAAGUGAAUUGCAGAAAUGA